AUGGUUCAAGGCGCCAUCUGUUUAGAAGCCUUUUUCUCUAAAAAAUGAACGCAAAACGAAGAUAAAAGAAUGCACUUUUAUACAUUAUUGACUAUCCUCUACAACAUAGUCGUACUAGUUUUAGCCGUAUUUGCACCUUAACUUUGACAUAAAAGUCUACCAUUACGUGGACUAGCUGAGCUCAUUCUUUCUGGCGCUAAGAACGUCGACUUUUAAUUUCCACUUGAUAUGUUGGGAGCUUUGAAAGUUAUUUAUUCAAAUUCUGUAUGAAAAACUGUAUCUGAAAAAUAUAGUUUCGAUGUCAUUCAAAUAUCAUAUGACCAUUGAAAAUUUAGAUUUUUCGUCGAUAGUGGAAUACGUCAUCGGUGGUUGCCAAAGGCAUCGACUCAUUUUAAAAUAAAAAUGAAGCCAAUAUUUUUGCAUGGUUACAUUUGCCAUAACGGCAUGAAAGACGAUACGGAUCUUUUCUUCCAGAUUUUGUUUCUUCCCUGAGAUACAAUAUUUUCUUUGACCAUGCACAGAAUCGGGCACAUGAUUUUUUAUUUAAAGAGAAGUUUUAACUGAAAUUUCUUAUUACGGUCUUCAUAGAGGUUAAAAGCUAUGGAGAAUUCAUUGGAAACAUAUAUAAGAUCGUCAGAGAUCUCCUAGAAAACGAUGUUGAAUGGAAAUGGCGAAUUUUUUUAAGGACUAAAACACACACAUUCUGAUUUAGUUCGAUGAGCUCUAUCAAUCCAUAUAUAAAUAUCAAAAAAAACAGAAUACGCUCAAGUUUUGAAUUUCUGACACCUUACUACAGCACUCGGCAGCAAUAGCACUACCCCUGCCUGUAACUCAAGAACCAUGAUAGCUAGGAACUUCUAAUUUUGUGUGAUCAUAGCUCUUAUCAAAUACUGAUCACCCACCAAGUUUGAACCUCUUUUACUGACUGCUUCGCGAGAUAUAAGCGAUUUAUUUCUUUUCCAUAAAAUAUUAAUAGCUCCCGAUCUAAGAGAGAUGAAAAAAUUUUCUUUUUACUAAAAUCUAGUCAUGACUCUACUCUGCCUGCGAUAUGAAUUUCGUGUGAAGUUGGCUGUAAGCAGUCAGUGAAAUACAACUAUUUUAUGGGCGAAGUUCGCUUGUUUCUUGUUGAAAAUUUAAGGUUGUUUCAGAAAACCUCAGCAUUUUGACUAUUCUCUUUUCCAUCAAUCAUGUUUUUUCAAUGUUUACUAAUAAUUAAUAAAUUGUUUUUAGUGGGUAAUUUAAUCAAGAUUCCUGAUUCAAUUCAUCUUCUUCGAGAUUAUAUGAAUAGGCAAAAUUUGUUUUGUGCUUGUCAACCAUUUCAAAAUAGUCUAACUGUUUAUUAUUUCAAAAGUGCUCGUUUUGGCGUUGAAGAAUCACAAAUCAAUGAUAUUGUUAAACAUAAAUUUCAAUCAAAGAAAAUACCUUUGUCAAUGUCAUUAUCAUCAACAAAAUUACUACAAAAAUCAGAAGAAUUUCAAACAAAAAUACGUCAAAGAUUAGAUUAUAAUAAAAAUAUUUGUUUUUCAAGUGAACAAGAUCAAAUUCUACUAUUUGGUUUACCAGAAAUUGUUGAUGAGUUAUCAACUCGAUUUCAAACGAUUAAAAACGACUAUGAACCCAAAUUAUUUAAAAUAUCACUAAAACCGUCUGAAAUCGAUUAUUUGUUGGCAAUGUGUCGAAAUGACUUAAAGAAAAUGGAAAAAGACUAUCAAUCAGAUGGUGUCGACAUUUUAUCUAAACUUGCUAAUGGUGAAAUUAUAGCACCAUUGAAUGUACGUGAAAAAAUUGAAUUACCAAUAUCACAAUUAGCUCGAACAUCAACAAUACAAUUUGAUAUACAGAUCCUGUUACCGGUAACGGCGGGUAACGGAUUUCCAUUUUUGUUAGCCAAAAAAUUCCACUGUUACCUUAAAACAGAAAUCGAUACUCAACAAUUACCUGUUACAAUUCCUAAAGCUUGUGUUGAUGAUGAAUCGACAAAUUCUUAUGCAUCAACCGCCUCUGCAUCGUCUUCCUCGUCGACAUCGACUUUAGCUGUAGCUAACGGUUCGAUUAAUAUCUGUAUGGGCGAUUUAACACAAGAAGUUGUUGACGUUAUUGUUGUGUGUAUUGAAUCGACUAAAUUACGUGCUGCUGUCAUUAAUGUUGCUGGUAAUCAAGUAGCACAAGAGUUUACAACUCAAUCAUCGUCGCCACAAGCCAUUGUCACUUCAUCUGGAACAUUGAAUUGUAAAAAAAUUCUUUUUUUACAUUGGCAACCAGAAAAUGAUCGAACGCUUUUGAAACAAUCGGUUAGUCGAUUUGUUUUGGAAGGUAUAGCAUAUGCAACAGCUAAUAAUUAUACAAGUAUUUCCUUUCCGGCAAUCGGCUGCGGAAAUUUUGGUUGUUCGAUUGAUGAUAUUUCCCAAAUGAUGAUCGAUGCAGCUAAACAACAGCUGGUAAAAUUACAAACAAAUUUGCAAGUAUCCUUUGUAAUAUUUCCACAACAACAACAAGUGUAUGAUGAAUUUUGUAAAUGUAUAAAUCCAAAACAAUCAAGUAUUCAUGAAGGAGUUACAAGUCAUAUCAAACGAGCAAUGAUGAACGUUUUCUCAAAAGAUGGCGGUGGAAGCCAACGAGAAAGCACGCCAUUGAAAAUAAUGAUGUUUGACAAAGAUGGUGUUAUUUGGUCUUUCGAAUCAAAUAACGGUUGGGAAAAAUAUUCACUGAAAUCCACUGGUGAACUAGAAGAUGCCUAUCAGUUCAAACAGCAAUGGGUUGAUAUUAUAAACGAAAACAUGGAACGUUGUCGUGUCCAUUUUGAUGGAAAUAUGAGAGAAGAAUGUGGACAACGCGUACGACAAGUUCGUCGAGUGUUAAAUAAUCAACAAUUACCAGACACGUGGGAACAGUCUGACAGUAAACGAGUAUCAUUAAAGAUAAAUAGUAGCGAAUAUAUAUCCAUUCUUCAACAGUUCAAUAAUACAAUGACAGGAAAAUAUACGCAAAUUAUUAAAAUUGAAAGAAUUCAAAAUGAGCGAUGGUGGAGACAAUAUGCAGUAGAACGGGACGAAUAUAAACGAAAGUUUCCAACAUUGAACUACGAAAAAGCCUUGUUUCAUGGAUGUCCAAAUGAUUCGGCUAAUCUGAUUAUUGAACAGUGUUUUAACAGAUCAUUUGCAGGUGCUAAUGCUACAGUUUAUGGACAUGGUGCUUAUUUUUCUACACAAGCUAGUUACAGUCACAGUUAUGCAAAGCCAAAUGCAUCUAAUGAACAUUGCAUGUUUAUUGCUAAAGUUCUAUUUAUAAAACCAACAACAGGCAAUAGCUCAAUGAAAACGCCACCACCAGGUUUUGAUGCUACGACAGAUGGAGCGCAUAUAUUUGUCAUUUAUUUGGAUGCACAAGCCUAUGGUGAAUAUUUGAUUACUUAUAAAUAA